AUGAUAACUCUCAGAAAACAUGUGUCCCUCUGCUAUACUCUACAAGGUAAGUCUACUUUAUACCUCAUUGAUGACUGUCUGUGCCUGCUCAUAAUGAGCAUUUAUCAUGCCUCGAGUUGAGAGCUAAAUGUUUACAAAAAUGAUGAUGUCCUUAGCCUUGAAUGGGUGUACAAUCUGGUAGAUAAGACAUUGUAUGGUCUUCUGUUUCCAAGAGAAAUGUACAUUGAAUCUUUAUAUUCUCAAUAUUAUCACGCAAUUGCUGAUACAUUUGAGCCCACAAAUUAAAUGUUUUCUGGAAGUUGUUUUAUUAUUCUACCAUAUACGACAGCAUUCAGCUAUCAAACAAUACUCAUUAAAUGUCUUGCACUCUUAUUUAUUUUCACCUUCUCGCUUUCUGUCCAGUGGUGUGGUGCGUGUUGGUAGUGGCUGAGGAGUGGACCGUCACCAUUCCUAAUCAGAUAUCCGGCCUGACUGGGUCUUGUAUCCUCAUCCCCUGUUCCUUCACACACCCCAGCUCUUACAGCCCCAGUAAUGUCACCUGGUACCAGUAUUCCAAGAUGCCUGCUAAAUAUCCAGUCGUCUUCAGCCGCACCAAACCAGUGGAUAUCAUAGAGCACUACAGUGGUAGAACAGAACUGGUGGGCAGGGCCUCUGAUGGAGACUGCAGCCUGCUGAUCCAUGGAACGAUGUUAGAACAUAACGGAGAUGACAUUUACCCCUGGGUUGAUGAGGUCAGCAAGUAUGUCUUCGCCUUCUUUCAGUGGAGGGUGACACUGGAGGUUACAGGUAAUGAAUUAUGCAAAACCUGACAAAGGGCUCUUGAAAAUGGAUUGAGGAUGUUAAAUGAACCAAACAUGAAAAAACACGAAUCCAAAAGAAAAUGUGUCAUAAUGUAGUUAUUUUGGUCACAUGAUGUAGAUGUUAGCAGACUAUUGCGAGGAAUGACCGAUUGCACAAUGAGUGAACCCAUUGUUAGUGUCUUAGACUUAGUGUCUCUUGCUAUUUCCAGAUACAGCACCAAGGCCACAGCUGUCGGUCAGUGAGGAGCAGAGGGAGGGGGGCAACAUCACUGUUUCCUGUGCUGUCCUCCACACCUGCCCCUCCUCCCCUCCCUCCCUCUCUUUCAGGGACCAGAGGGGGGUGGUCCAGGGGUACCACACCGAGGAGAUACAGGGACGAUGGCGCGUCCUCUCCACUAUCUCGUUUGUGGCCCGAGCAGAAGAUCAUGAGAAUGCGGUGGCGUGUAACGUGACACAUCCAGGAGGCCAGACAGCUACAGGGGAGGUGGUGCUCGACGUGAGCUGUAAGUCUCAGCUAGAGUCACUCUACUCUCCUCUUACUCUUCAAUUUGUUUCUGUUCACUGUAUCUUAUCAUUCAAAUUGUAGCAUUACAUCAACUUUGCCUUUUAGGUUGGGAACAUUCUGUGAUACAACUUGGGACAUAGGAACAUCACAUUUGAAAAUUAGGAGCAAUUCCCCGAUAAUAAGGAAUGAUGAACUCCAUUUAAAGGCUCACUGUGAUAUUUCCAGCAUCUCUCCUUUGCCCCUCUUCUCUCUCAGAUGCCCCCAGGUCUGUGAGUGUCUCAGGGGGCAGCACUGUGGUCCAGGUUGGCACUAACCUGUCCCUGUCCUGUGUGAGUGAUGCCAACCCCCCUGCCAGCUCCUACCUGUGGUACUUGCUGAGAGAUGGCCUGGUCAUGCCACUGAACCACAGCACAGAGACCGUUGCGGUCACAGACUUGGACCCAGACGAGAAUGUGUUCCACUGCAUAGCUAUCAACUCUCUGGGGAGGUCCAAGCCCUCCUCUAGUUUUGUGGUCACUGCAGAAUGUGAGUUUUAGGUCUCAUCUGAGGUUUACUGAAUGGAUAUGUGGAUUUAGUGACUUGAAAUCAAAUCUAUUCCAAUGGAAAAAUGGAUUAAAAAGAGAACGUGUUUGUCCAGAGAUAUUCCACCACUUAGAACAAUACAAAGUGCAGACCAUGGAGGAGAGCGCAUUGACUACUACUGCCAAAAUAUGGACUGUGAGAUUUUGUUGAAUGUGAAGUAGGCCUAAUGUGAACUGUUAUUGAUAGCUAAUGGAACUACCAGUAAACGUAUUUCCAUUCUCCAGACAAGCCAUCUAUAUUGGCUAACUCCAGCUGCUCCUACCAUGCUGGCCAAGUCUUCUGCAGGUGUCAGGCCCGGGCUCGACCAAAGGCCACAGUGCUGUGGAUGGUGGAUGGAGAACCCCUGUUCCCUGCCUCUGACCCAAUCACCUCCCCCCAGAACCAGAACCAGAACCACACAGUGAUGGAUAUCUUGGCUGCAGAGGGCACCUAUGAAAAUGUGUCUGUCACCUGUCUGGUCAACAACACACAUGGCCAUGAUAAGCUUCUCCUGCGGGUAUUUGUGAAAGGUAUUCUGAAAAUGUCCUCAGGUGGUAUAAGAGGGUUUCCUUUUGUAAUGAUCAUUAUUAGUAUGAAUUAUGUUCAGUGAAAUAAAUUAGAGAUUGUACACUCUGUUGUGACGUUUAUGCUUUCCACCACGCUUUUUCUAUUCAACAUCAAUGUACUCGAAGAUUAUGUCACAGCGCUAUUGGUUAUUUUACCAUACCAGUAUUUUCCUCCAUUUUUGGUCUUCACCAGCACUACCCACCAACGUGUCAAUCAGCCAGCUCCCAGCCCGGCCUCUGGAGGGAGAAACGGUCACUCUGUCCUGUCUGGGUCAUGGUCAUCUCCCAGUCAGCUCCUAUAAGUGGUACCGUGUGUUCGGGGAGCAGGCAGUCCUGCUCAAAGAGGAUUCUGGGAGUUUGAGUCUCUCUGUGACCAGAGACGUGGGGCAGUUCCGCUGUUCUGCUCUGAACGAGAUGGGAGAGUGCAGUUCAGACACCAUGGCUGUGAACGUUGAGUGUGUGUAUUAUUAUGUCAUAAACAUUUUGUAACCAUUUUAUAAACCAUGUUAAAUAUGGAAGUUUGCCAUAGUCGUUUUGUCAUUUUCUCUCUUUCCAUUUAUCUUACACUCUUUUAGAUGCACCAGCUAUACUUCCCAUCUCCUUCUGUUCUGUGAAUGAUGGGGAGGUGAGGUGUGAGUGUGUGGUGGACUCUCACCCUGUGGCGAAGAUCAUUUGGACACCAUGGAGCAUCCAGGACAAUCAGACUCACAACAUCACUGACCUGCUCAACUGGAGGAUCCUGAGGUCCAUUCUCAUUGGUCCCAAGGGUGAUGACAUGGGUGAUGUCCUCUGUAAUUCAACCAAUGAGCAUGGGAGUGCCUUCCUCAAACUCCCAUUCAUUGGUAAGUUUGGCCUCAUCUGAGUGAAGCCAUAGGGUAAUUGGCAAAUGUUAAACAAAUCAAUAUCUAAAGGACUGUAUUUGUAGUGAAUGUGUCAUCUUUAUUAAGCAGAAGUUAUACCACAUUUACUACAAUGUAGUGAAGAAAGUAAGAUAAAUUGAAAGAGUGAAAAUGAAGCAGGAGUUGAAAGAUUAUUAUGAGUAUUAUCGUAUCGUAUUGCUUCUGUAGCAUCUGGCUUGCCCUAAUGUAUCCUAAUGUAAAUCCAGCUGAUAUUUCAUGUGAAUGUAGAACAUUGGAAAGCUCCACGUCGUAAGACUGAUGAUCACUUUGUGGAUUUUUCAAUAGCAGGUGAAACGUCUGCCCAGCGGUCCCUGUUCUACGGAGGAGUUGGGGGCGUCCUAUUGCUGGUACUCUCCUUUGCCACCUUUUUAUUUAGGAGAUUCUACUCCACCAAGAGGUGAGAGUGACAAUGACUGUUGAGUUACGCUUCGGGCUUCAUAACCAAUAUUGAACACUACACUGAGUAUACCAUACAUUAGGAACACCUUCCUAAUAUCCCAUUUUGCCCUCAGAACAGCUUUAAUUCGUUGGGGCAUGGACUCUACAAGGUGUCAUAUGCGUUCCACAGGGAUGCUGGCCCAUGUUGACCCCAAUGCUUCCCACAGUUGUGUCAAGACGGCUGGAUGUCCUUUGGCUGGUGGACCAUUCUUGAUAUACAUGGGAAAUUGUUGAGUGUGAAAAACCCAGCAGCGUUGCAGUUCUUGACACAAACCAAUGCGCCUGGCACCUACUACCAUAUCCCAUUCAAAGGCACUUAAAUCUUUUGUCUUGCCCAUUCUCCCUCUGAAUGGCACACCUACAUAAUCCAUGUCUCAAUUGUCUCAAAACUUUAAAACCCUUAUUUAACCUGUCUCCUCCUCUUCAUCUACACUGAUUGAAUUGGAUUUAACAAGUGACAUCAAUAAGGGAUCCUAGAUUACACCUGGAUUCAUCUGGUCAGUCCAUAUCAUGGAAAGAGCAGGUGUUCUUAAUGUUUUGGCCACUCAAUUGCAUAGUCUUCUGUAACACUUCACUUGAAACCUGUAUGUAUAAUGCAUUCUGAUAAACACCAUGUUUAGUCUAAAUUUAGAUACAUAACCUAUUAUACACCUUUUUAUAAGACAUAACAUUAUAAAGCAUUGUUUUUUUAGGGUAUUUUGAAGUUUUAUCACAGUUACAUAUCAGAAUAUGAGAUGGUAGGGUUUAUUAGGGAUACAGGCGAGAUAGUGAUUUGGCGGAACGAGGGAUCAAACCGUGGCCUCCAGGGGAUGUAUGGUCCAAGGAUAGCAGCACUACUACUAGACCGGCUCUGGCAAAGCUGGUCUUUUCAAUCAGCUUAUAUACUACAUUUCAGUCAUUUCGCAGACGCUCUUAUCCAGAGGGAUUUACAGUAGUGAGUGGAUACAUUUUCGUACUGGUCUCCCGUUGGGAAUCGAACCCACAACCCUGGCGUUGCAAGCGCCAUGCUCUACCAACUGAGCCUGCCCAGGACACUAAAAGGGACUUAUCAUCAAUUUCACACUAUUAUGCCAACCUCAUAGUGUGGAAAUAUAUACUAAACACAGGAAAAUUAAGUUUUUGGCUGCGCUACCCCUUUAAACAAUAAUGUCAGCGAUGUCAUCUAAUGACUGUGGUCUUACCUACACAGAAGAGAAUGCCACGCUGCAUUGGAGGAGGUUGAUCUGAAGGGGGCACUGCAGGUGAUACACCAUGAGCCUACUGACUGCCCAGGUAAUACACGCACUCUGAUGGUGCCAGAAGAGGACUUCCACUAUAAUGUGUAUGACACUGGGCACAGUGUCCAA